UUAACCCUCCCUUUCCCCUCUCACCACUUCAACGCCCCCCUCGCGUUCUCGAACACGCGCAUUCCUUCUCCCUCCUUGACUUCUGCAACCACUGAGAAAGCCCUCCCACACAGGCCCAACAGUUGCCAUGCCCCGGUUUUAAAAAAUCUCACGUUUCGGCGUUCUCUCUUUCUAGCCCACCAAGCUUGUCCACUGUACGGAAAAUGUGGCUCUUUGAGCGAUGCACUCAAAGUGUUCGGCGAAAUAACUGAAAGAACUAAUUUUACCUGGAAUGCCAUGAUGGGUGCGUUUGUGUCAAGCGGUAAAUACCUCGAAGCAAUCGAGUUGUACAGAGAGAUGAGAGUCGAUGGAGUGGCGCUUGACGCUUGUACUUUUCCCUCCGUGCUUAAAGCGUGUGGUGCUCUUGGAGCAACUCGCUCUGGGGCUGAAAUCCAUGGUGUGGCUGUUAGUGGAUAUGGUGAAUUUGUGUUUGUGUGCAAUGCGCUUAUAAGUAUGUAUGCCAUUGCGGUAAUCUUGUGGGCCAGGAUGCUGUUUGAUGGGAUUAUGAUGGAGAAAGAGGACGCUGUUUCUUGGAAUUCUAUUAUUUCGGCACAUGUAGCAGAAGGGAAAUGCUUGGAGGCAUUGUUGCUUUUAGAAGAAUGCAGGAGUGGUGUCGAGAGUAAUACAUAUACUUUUGUUGCAGCUCUUCAAGGUUGUGAGGAUCCCUCGUUUGUUAAACUGGGUAUGGAGAUUCAUGGUGCCGUGUUUGAAUCUAACCAUUUUGUUGAUGUCUAUGUUGCCAAUGCUUUGAUUGCCAUGUAUGCCAAGUGUGGUCGUAUGGAGGAUGCUGUAAGAGUUUGAAGUAUGCUUUGCAGGGAUUGUGUAUCUUGGAAUACAUUGCUCUCUGGUUUGGUUCAAAAUGAGCUCUAUAGAGAUGCUGUAAAUUACUUUCGAGAUAUGCAGGGUUCUGGCCUGAAGUUUGAUCAGGUGUCAGUGUUAAACUUGAUUGCUGCGUCUGGCCGAUUGGGAAAUUUAUUGAAAGGGAAGGAAGUUCAUGCCUAUGUAAUAAGAAAUGGAAUGGAUUGUAAUAUGCAGAUUGGGAACACCAUGAUAGAUAUGUAUGCCAAGUGUUGCUGUUUGAAAUAUAUGGGUCAUGCUUUUGAAUGUAUGCCUAAAAAGGAUUUGAUUUCUUGGACAACUGUUAUUGCCGGUUAUGCACAGAAUGAAUGCCAUCUGGAAGCAAUGAACUUGUUCCGGAUGGUUCAGGUGGAGGGGAUGCCUGUUGAUCCCAUGAUGGUUGGAAGUGUUUUGCAGGCUUGUGGCGAGUUGAAAUCUAAAAACUUUGUCAGAGAGAUUCAUGGUUAUGUUUUGAAAAGAGAUUUAGCUGAUACAGUGCUACAAAAUGCCAUUGUCAAUGUAUACGGAGAAGUUGGGCAUAUAGAUUAUGCAAGACGUGUAUUUGAAUCAAUUAAAUUCAAAGAUAUUGUGUCUUGGACAAGUAUGAUUACCUGCUGUGUUCAUAAUGGACUUCCAGUUGAGGCUCUUGAACUUUUCUACACUCUAAACCAAUUUAAAAUUCAUCCUGACUAUAUAGCUCUCAUUAGUGUACUAUCUGCCACUGCUAGUUUAUCUUCAUUGAAGAAAGUGAAGGAGAUUCACGGGUUUCUGAUUAGGAAAGGUUUUUUCUUGGAGGGACCAAUUGCUAGCUCCCUGGUGGAUACGUAUGCUCACUGUGGGAAUGUGGAGAACUCAAGAAAGAUAUUUAAUUCUGUAAAAAAAAUAGAUUUAAUUUUAUGGACUUCCAUGAUUAAUGCAAAUGGAAUGCAUGGAUGUGGACGUAGGGCCAUUUCUUUAUUCGAGGAAAUGACUGAUGAAAAUGUUAUUCCUGAUCAUAUAACAUUUUUGGCUUUAUUAUAUGCAUGCAGCCAUUCAGGGUUGAUGGAUGAAGGUAAGAGGGUUUUCGAUUUUAUGAAAUAUGAAUAUAAACUUGAACCCUGGCCAGAGCAUUAUGCCUGUAUGGUUGAUCUCCUCAGCCGUUCCAAUUCCCUUGAGGAGGCUCAUAGUUUUGUGAGAAACAUGCCUAUCAAACCUACUUCUGAAGUCUGGUGUGCUCUUCUCAGCGCUUCCCUCAUUCAUUCUAAUAAAGAACUGUGAGAGCUUGCAGCAAAGAAGCUCUUACAAUCGGAUACAGAGAAUUCAGGAAAAUAUGUAUUGAUAUCAAACAUCUUUGCAGCAUAUGGUAGAUGGAACGAUGUUGAAGAGGUUAGGUUGAGAAUGAAAGGAAAUGGCACGAAGAAGACACCAGGAUGCAGUUGGAUUGAGGUUGAGAAUAAGAUUCACACCUUCAUGGCAAGGGACAAGUCUCAUCCAAAAUCUGAUGAUAUUUGUCUAAAACUAGCUCAGUUUACAGAACUUCUGGAAACAGAAGGCUAUAGGGCUCAAACGAAGUUUGUGUUCCAUAAUGUCAGUGGAGAAGAAAAAAUGCAGAUAUUAUAUAGACAUAGUGAAAGGUUGGCACUUGGUUUUGGUCUGCUUGUUACGCCAAACGGUUCUACUAUUCGGAUCACAAAAAACCUUCGAAUUUGUGAUGAUUGUCAUACAUUCUUUAAGAUAGCAUCAAAAGUCUCCCAACGGACCCUUGUUGUAAGGGAUGCCAAUAGGUUCCAUCAUUUUGAAAGAGGAAUUUGUUCAUGUGGAGAUUUCUGGUGAAUACUUGAUGAUAUGAAAAUUUAUAGCACACUUCUAUGUAGAGUUUACAACUUGAUUCAUGGUCCACAUGUUAGUCCUAGUUCAUCCAUGAAAAAGCCCCAUGGUUUCUUCAAGUGGAGUAAAAGAAAGCUUUAGCUGUAAGAGCCCAAAUAAUUUUUUUUUUAUUAUAAAAGAAGAUGGUGGGUGAGGGGAGGGCUCUACAUGCCAGCAAAAGCCACGGUGAGUGCUUCAGUCACCAGAAGAGAAAUCAUCAUUUCCACCUUGAGUGCUCCAGCCACCAGAAGAGGAAUUAUCACUCCACUUUGAAGUGCUCCAACCACCAAGAAAUUAUCAUCAUCAUCUUCAUAGUGGGCAUGGCACUGAGGAUGGAAGGAGACGGCUGAGGUUCGUCCAGCAGCACACAAAUAGGAAAUUUACUUCUUCAUUUUAAGGACUCUUGAGGGAGGAAAGAAGAAGAGAGGGAAAGAAUAAGCUGAACACGGUCCAAGCAGAGAGCAGAAAGCUGCAAGGGAGUUGGAAUAUACACGGUCCAGCAGAGAUAUACAGUAGGGGCUGGAUAGAGGGCUGGAACAGCAGAGGAGAAAGUAUGUGCUGACCACUUUCUUUUAUGUGUGUGGCAGCAACUUAAGUGGAAAGUAUGUGCUGACCACUUUCUUCAUUCCAUACCAUUGUGUCCGUUUGGUGGUUCUGCAAAUGCAUAUUUUUUUAAAAAAAAACAAUUGUCACCUCCACUCUCCAUGUGCUGCUAGCUUCUUCGUGGGUGGGACCCUUUCUCACUUCCAUCCAUCACGUGCACAUCUGGACAUUCACUCAUGGGCACCAUCCUUUCCUGCUGGCCGGAACUGGACCGAGGACUUCCUCCAUGGUGGCGGCUGCACCUGCUCCAAGCCGAGACACCGUGCAGCUCUCUCUUCCACCGGUGGCUGCUCACUCUUCUUCCUUCAUCACCACGUGCUACCAUGUCCAUUGCUUUGCUGCCAUGUGCGUCUCAAGCUGCUGGAAACGUGUUGGCUAAUGGCUGGAACGUGUUAGAGCUGGAGCGUGAAGUGCUGGAGCUGCUGCCAACCUUCCUUGCUGCACCAAGGCCGUGUGUUUCUUUCUUCAAGCUUGCUGGACUUGCUUCCACUUCUUGCUUGCUGUUGUUUGCGUUGAUGCUUGCUGGACGCAUGAAUCCAGUGAAUCACCAUGCAGCACUUCACAUUUUUCUUCCAGCCAGCAUUGUGCAUCUUCCAAAGUAGUAGCUGCAAUGACCGAGAGCUCCUCCUUCUUUUCCAAGCACACACCACGCUGCUGCUAUUCCGGAUCUCCAUCACUUAGGCGGCGGCUGGACUGUGUUUUAUUUUUCUCUCCAAGCUGUUGCCUCAAGUUAGAAUCCAUAGCUGCUGGAUGGAAGUUUCCGGACCUGCAACCAAGCUCUUCUCCUUGCCCGUCCGUGAUGGAUGAAAAACCGCUGCUGUUGUGUUUUCUCCCAGACCGUGAAUGUGUGUUCUUCCACUCCAAACUGCUGUCCAUGUGGUGUUCUUCAUGUGAAGCUGCUGGACCGAGGGAGUGCUUGAUCACAAUUCCUUCUUCUCUUCAACGUCCAUCACCGUUGCUGCUUGGAGACGAACUCCUGCUGGACGUAGAAGGUCUUCUUGCUUCCCCAGCUGGACCGUGAGCUGCUGCUCUUCAAAGCUGGUCACUCCAUUUCCGCUCCAAGCUACUGGACGGUGAUGUGCUUUCUGUUUUAGCCGUGAAGUGUUGCUGCUGGUCCUUCCCAUCUCCACGUUUCCGCACACUACACUCUCAACGUGCUGGCUUUGGAGCUCUCCAUCAACGUGUGCAUCCGCUUGCUUCCAGCCGUGAUACUUUGACACAAAGACGUGGCAGCACCUCCUAUUGAUUUGCUUUCAAAACGUGCUGCUGCCCCUGCCUUGAGGCUUGGCGUGUUGCUGCGGUGGACGGUGAUGAUGGUGUUGCUGGAACGUGGAUGUGUGCUCUCUGUUUCAGCAAAAUUAAUCAGCCGUGUGCUUUGCAAAAAGAAAGAUGCUGGACGUGAAUUCCAUCCGAACCCGUGACAACUCUCCAAAAUGUCCUAAAUUAUUAUCCAAUAAUUUCCUAGAAUUAACCAUGUAAAUAAUUAAUCACAAAUAAUUCAAAUUAAUCAAAAUAAAAAU